AUGGUUCCUUUGGAGGUCGCUUUGAGCGGCGCAAUCGGCGCACGCGUUCGCAUCACUACCGCCCCGGUCUCCACGACAAUCGAGGGAACUUUGUUUACAGCAUGCCCAAUCACAAACCUUGUUGCUAUCAACACUGCCGCCGACACUAAGCAGACCGCAGGCGAUUAUCGUAUCAUCCCGAUCUCGCGUAUACAGUCCUUCCAACUUCUCUCCCUGGCACCAUCAUCCAACAGCGCGGAAGGACCUUCUUUUGCUGAUGCAGUGCCACCUGUCCAUGCGCUCGAUAUUCGGGCUCUGAAGGCUCGGGAGGCCAAUGCAGUUGGUAAACUGCAAGAGGGUGAGGCGAAGCGUGGCAAGGGAGUUACUCGCGAAGCCCAGGAUAUCUUCGAUGCAUUUAGCCGCACAAUGCCCACAAGAUGGGAUGGACCAAGCAUAAUCGUGGCCGACGCAGUGUCAAUCGCCGCGCCGUACCGUGUAGACGACUGUCAGCCCUUGGUGGCUGGUGACACAGCUGCUCUUGCUAGAGUGCGCAAGGUGCUUGAAAUGGAACGUAAGAAGAUCGAGCUGCGUAACGCUAGUGCGACAAUUGGUACAGCCAAUGCUUUCUCGCGGUCGGCUUCCGCAAAAGCCUCUACCAACCCGAACCCGUCUCCAGGACCCGGAGCUGCUGGACCAAGGAAGGGUGGUUGA